GAGCGGCCCAAUAUUCGGGUUCAGUUCGUUUCGCUCUCACCUGCUUGACGUUCGCGCGCGCGCGCGCGCGCUUUCGCCGAUAAAAAAAGCGACCGUUGCGUAAUCGCAAAAAGAGAUCACCGCCGCCGUCGGAGUGCGCGAGCGAGUGCCGGAUGCCUUGCCGCUGCUUCGCGCUUAUCGGCGGAACGACGUCGAUUUGUAAAAGUUGCGCGGCACGCGAAAGCGAGCGACAAAUCACUGCCCAAACGCGUAUGCGGGUUGUUCGACGAGCGUUAGCGCGCUUGCUUUUUCGCCGCUCGACCGGCAAGCGAAUCAAGCGCGGCUUGGCUGCCGUUGACAAACAUUUGCGCGCGGACAGCCUGCCAAAUCAGGCUUACGUUGAAGGUUGCUGCAAAUCUAACGUUCUGUUUCAGGUUGUCGUCGGGACAACGAGAUUCCUGCAAGGGUCCAAAUAUUUGGUAAAUGGCAUGGAGGCUUUAGUACAAGUUCGCUUAGUUGCCGAGUCGAAAGUGCAACCAAGUUUGUGAAGUUAGAUUGGAAAACCCGAACCGAUCGAGAAGCCCCAAGGGAAAUCAUGACACUUCGCUCGUGCCGCAGCGAAAUCGAACGCAAACGUUUCAGGUUCAAGCGUAAGCUGCAUCGGUAAAGAAGGACAGAGAGAGAGAGAGAGAGAGAGAGAGGCUGUCUGAUGGACGACACCGAGCCUCAAGCGAUCACUUGACCGAUCUCUUCUCAUCGGCAAGACCUCGAGGAGUAGCAGCAGCAUCCUACGAAAAGCUCACCUGUUUGGUCGUGAUACUCCCUACCUUGGUGUACCCACGGAAAGUCGCGUUGGCAGUGCGUGUGAAGUGGGAGAGAGCUCGCGUCUCUUAUCUCGCGGAGGGUUUUAAGGCGGCGUUGCGCGCUUAACCAUCGUCAGUUGCUCUCGACUUCGUGCGCGUUCAUCAAUAUUGUAAGAGUGAAGUUUUUCGAAUCGUGUAUUUUAUACUUUUGGUGGUGACGGCAAGAUAAUACCAGACGAUAAUUGUAUAGCAAGCAACGCGAAGGUGGGAUUCUUGGAGAAAAAGGCAAGAACCAUCAAUGAAAGCAGCUCAUAGCUUGCGAGCAGUACCAAAAGAGGAUUGUGACCGCAGCUACCUGUUGAACGUCACGGCGCUACUCUUCAACCUAGUUGGCAAGGCGCCCGACUUUUUUACGGAUACUUUUUUCAAUUCUGGUUACUUUGACGUGAAAGGAUCUCGAAAUGGGACUCGACUUCCUGGCAGACGGAGGUGCCGACUUCGAGCACGCGAUUACAGUGACAGGGUUUGGCAAGUUUCACUUUAUGUUACUGGCAAUCAGUGGUUUGAUCUACAUGGACACUGCGGUCGGAGUGACGAUCCUCUCCUUCGUACUACCGGCAGCCCAAUGCGAUCUGCAAAUGGACUCGACAUCGAAAGGGUGGCUAACGGCGGCGCCGAUGCUUGGAAUGGUCAUCGGCUCGUACAUAUGGGGAUGCCUAGCUGAUACGAAAGGCCGCAAAAUUGUCCUUAUAGCUACUCUACUCAUGGAUGGUAUCGUUGGUAUACUAUCCUCGUUCGUUCAGUAUUUCUGGGUAUUCCUAGUAUUCCGUUUUUUCAAUGGAUUCGCUGUGACAGGUGCAAUGGGUAUCGUGUUCCCGUACUUGGGUGAAUUCCAGCCAACCAAGCACCGCGAAAGGAUUUUGUGCUGGAUGGAAAUGUUCUGGACCGUCGGCGUCAUCGUUCUGCCACUGAUCGCUUGGCUGAUCGUGCCGUUAGACAUGUCGUACGAAAACUCGGGUUUCGUCUUCAAAUCGUGGAAUCUCUUCGUGGCGUUGUGCGCCUUGCCCUCCCUUAUCCUCGGACUCUGGUUAUUCGCCUUCCCCGAGAGUCCAAAGUUCCUGCUCGAGUGUGGCGAGACGGAUGCUGCUCUCGAGGUUUUCAAGUGGAUCUACGCGCAAAACACCGGCAACGAUCCCGACAGCUAUCCCGUGAAAUCCCUGCAAGAGAAACCAAAUUCGAAGGACAAGAGUACGCGAGCGCUGAAGCUGCACAAACGCAAGGACUUGAAAGUGUUGAGCGCGGAAGUAUGGGAUCUGACAAAGCAGCUGUGCAAGCCGCCGUAUUUGAAAAACACUUUGCUCUCUUGCGCCAUUCAAUUUGGUCUGACCAGCAGCUAUUACACCCUGAUGGUGUGGUUCCCUGAAUUAUUCACCAGGUUCGAAGACUUCGCCGACACCCAUCCCAACCAGGAUGCGUCGGUGUGCAUCGUGUCUUCACUGGAGGAAAGCACCGGCAAUCUUACCGACCCUUAUGGCUGUCUUCAUCCGGAAAUCGCGCCGAAAGUCUAUCACAAUACUAUUUUCAUCGGUUUGGCCUGUCUGCCCGGCUCCAUUGUGCUGCCGCUGUUCGUUCACAAGCUCGGCGCAAAGUUCUUCCUCAUUCUAUCCUUGAUCGUCUCUGGCGUGAUAACCGUGGGCUUUUACUACGUGAUCAACGCCACGCAAAAUCUCAUGCUGUCGUGCAUCUUCGAGGCUCUAACGUCACUUGGUAUAUCGCUGGUGUACUGCAUCAUCGUGGACAUGUUCCCGACGAACUUGAGGGUAAUGGCUGCUGCUCUGUCUUUAACAAUGGGUCGUCUCGGCGCUUUAGUCGGUAACCUCGUGUUUGGUUAUCUAAUCGACAUGGCCUGCGUCGUGCCGGUAGUUCUGUUCGCUGCUUUCUUAUUUGCUUGUGGUUUCCUGUCGUUCUUCUUACCGAAGACUGGGAAAGAAACGCUCGACUAAAAGAAAGGGAAACGAAGAAAAACCUAAUUUUUUUCCUUCGCAGCAAGAUCCUUGCAGCGAUGCAUUAACGGAUCUAUAUUCGUGCGCGCAGGUCACCUGCAACAAACGAAAUCGUGCCUUAUUUAUUAUAUACAUACUCAAUUGAGAUACGUAGAUGGCUUGUGAAACUGCGAAGCAUUGGAUGACCUAGUAAAAGAGUAUUCGUGAUGUGAUAAUCGUUUCGAGAGUUAUUAUUACUAUUUUUUUGUUCUUUGAGAGGGUAUAAAUGUAUUAUACGUAUAUCAUUUUACACAUCGUAUAACAGCAAUAACAAUAAAAAAUAAAUAUCGAAACAACAAUGUAGGUGAUCAAUCAGAAAAAUUUAUCCAUCAGAAAAUCGCUAGCUGCAUUGUUUCUUCGAUGGAGGAGAAAAUUUUGUUCGGGGACUGUCGUUUUAUAUAUUUCACGCGUCGAAAUCCCUAAUUAAAUUUAUACCGUUCUAUUUUUUUUCAAACAACGAAUUUUCAAUUGUAUCAGAAGGUCGAUGGAGUAUGUAUAUUUUUUAUUGAUAACUUACUGUUAGACAACUGAAAAAAUAAUCGGUUCCAGAUGAUAAUGUAUCAAGUUGUGAUGUUUUAUUUAAAUACUGCGUGAGUGAGAGAAAUUGUUGACAUAUCAAUUGAAAAGUAUUACAACUUGUAUGAGAAUCGCCAUAAUCGCGAAUAUUUUGUAAAUCGGCUCAGUCAAUCAUAUUCGUCUAGAAGUUAUCUUUAGGAUAGACUAUAAAGUAAUAUUUUAUUAUAAUUGGUGUUGAAUUCCGCGCGGAAGCAAUUUAGAUUAUAGCAUAUAUUAUCCACAUCAUAUUUAACAGAAAAAGAAAAUAAUUAGUUAUUGUAUGACGAUUUGUAAAUACUGUCGUAAUAAUUAUCGAAUCAGCAGCUAUUUGUUUUUCUUCGUCUUGCUGAGGAUGCGUGAAAAUGUUAUAUAUAAGAGAAGUUCGAUCUCGCCAUAUUGUUAAGUUUUACCGUAGUCCUUACUUGCAUAUAUGUUUUCAAGCUUAGGCUAGACUAGUACAAUAUUUUUUUCUUCUUCAGAUGCGUUUUCUAAGGUGCCUUAAGCAUAUUAUUUACUGUCUUGUGACAAAUUAUUAAAUUUAUUUAUUGAAUAAUAAUGCUUUAUAGUUAAAUUUACAUUAAGUAUAUACCGGAACAAAGAUUAUCACUUUAUAACGGCACUGAUAAUUUAUUCAAAACUGCUGUACUAUUUAUUUAAUUGUAACGUUACGCUAAGAUAUAUUUAUAUGAAUAUAGAGACAUUCACAUUCAUAAUUAUUGCAGUUAUGAGUAAAUUAUUGGUACCGAUGAAAAUUAAAGACUUUUACAUUAUGUAAAUGUUUGGUAGUUGUUAAACAAUCCUGUAAAUAUAAAUAUCGCGACUUGUAUUAGACAGAAUUUACUACAUGUACAUCUAUUCAUUUUCGUUUUACGGAAAUAAGUUAUAAAAAAGAAACGAAAAGAAAAAAAAAAUAAAA